UUUAGAAUCUCUCUCUCUCUCUCUCUCUGUGAGAUCUGCCAAAGACCAUGUUCUCCAGUAUGUUGCUUUGUUCCAUGCAUUCCAACAGUUCAAGGAAGAAGAAAAAGAAGCUACAGAGCCACCAGAGUGACCUCGAAAUUGAAGGCAACGACCUUGGCUUGUUUUACUCUUUUCCUUUCGACAGAGAUCCAGCGGUCGUCAAGCCAUCGAGAUUCAAUCUCCGAUCUGAUCACAUUCCUAGCCGCGGAGAGGUGAAGCCAAAGAAGAAAGGAGAAAUGGCUAACAAGAUAUCGAAUUUCUCUGAUCUAAUCCAACGAGUGGCGGCUUCAUGCUUGCUCCACCCACUCGCCGCCGGCAGGCAGGAUCCCGGGAAUGUAGCCGAGGACGGGAGAGAAGGGUACGAGUACGAGAGAGAAGGGUACGAGUACGAGACUGACGAGCAGGAAGACUUUGAGGAUGAAGAUGAGGAAUAUGUGGAGGAAGAGGAGGAUAUGGAAGAGAAGAAAGGGAGUGUGAAAGGUUGGGACCACGAGAAGAAGAACAUGAGCGGAAUAGUGGCUAUUGAGAGAGUGAUGGAGAUGGAGAUGUUAAUGAACGAAGUUUUCGAUUCAGUCUCGGCGAUGAAGAGAGCGUAUGUGAGUCUACAAGAGGCGCAUUGCCCGUGGGACCCGGAAAGGAUGAGGGUGGCUGACGUGGCGGUAGUGGGGGAGCUAAGGAGGCUGGGUGUUUUGAGAGAGAGGUUUAGGAGGUGCGUUAGUGUUGGUGGCCGUGGAGGGAGAAAGAGAAUUGAUGGUGACGGAAUGGGGAUGUUAAAGGAGGUGGUGGCGCCUUAUGAGGCUGCGGUGGAGGAGCUGAAGAAGGAGGUGAAGUCGAGGGAUGUGGAGGUGGAGAAUUUGAAAGAGAAACUGAAGAACCUUAGCACCAGCCUGAGCAAUGGGAAUGGAAAGAAAGGGAGGUCUCAAUCAAAGAGGAAAGUCGGCUGCAUUCAUGCUGCUCAAGUUGCAGCAGCACCAGCACCAGAUCUUUUUGAAGCAACGAUGAACCAGGUGAAAGAGACCUCAAAGUCCUUCACAUCGCUUCUCUUAUCCCUCAUGCGUGCUGCCCACUGGGACAUUGCUGCUGCUGUCCGCUCCAUUGAAGCUGCAACUGCCACCGCUGAAAAUGUCGCCACCAUCAACCACACUACUGCCAUAGCAUCCACCAUUGUAACCCACCAUGCCAAGUAUGCUCUGGAGUCCUACAUUUCUCGAAAAAUCUUCCAGGGCUUCGACCACGAGACGUUCUACAUGGAUGGCAGCCUUUCCUCGCUUCUCAACCCAGACCAGUUCCGCCGUGACUGCUUUACUCAGUACCGAGACAUGAAGGCCAUGGACCCAAUUGAGCUUCUAGGAAUCUUGCCAACUUGUCACUUUGGGAAAUUCUGCUUCAGAAAGUAUGUUGCCAUAGUUCAUCCAAAAAUGGAGGAGUCCUUGUUUGGAAACUUGGAGCAACGCCAGCAAGUAUUGGCUGGUAGCCAUCCGAGGAGUCAGUUUUAUGGUGAGUUCUUGGGGCUGGCCAAAGCCAUUUGGUUGCUUCACUUGCUGGCAUUCUCGCUUGACCCUGCACCAAGUCAGUUUGAGGCAAGUAGGGGAGCUGAGUUUCAUCCACAAUAUAUGGAGAGUGUAGUGAAAUUUUCUGGUGGCCGAAUUCCAGGCGGUCAGACUGUCGGGUUCCCUGUCAGUCCUGGGUUCAAGCUUGGAAAUGGAUCAGUUAUCAAGGCUAGGGUUUAUCUAGUUCCCAGGACAUGAAUUGUUUCAGUUUCGGUUGAUAAAUGUAAUUUCCGUGCUGUAGGAUGUAAUGGGUUGAUUGGUUAGUUUAAACUUUUCUUCUCUCAAGAAAACUUGGAAGAGAUUCUAUGAGAGAAAUAGUUUGCUAGUGUUCCUAGGAAAUAGGUGGUUUACUGAUGCUAAGUCGUGUUAUGAUGGUGUGUCGUUUUGAAUGAGAAUUCCUUGGGCUAUUUGGAACA